AUGAGAAGAACGCAACGCAACGUUUGAGUUAGGUCUUCCUUCACAAAAUGCGUAAAUAUUUUGUAAUGAUAUUUAAUACUAUUGUUUAAAUUGUUUUAUAAUUUUGAUCAGCUGGAAUCAGAAGUUUUCUUAUUGAUCAUAAAGUGAUCAUAAAACAAUGGCUGAAAACCCAAGUAGCGAUGGCCUUUCGGAGGCCGAGAGACUUAGAGAAGACGAAUUAGCCCAGGAAUUGGAGCACAGUGACUCAAAUGAAGAAGAUCAAGAAAUAUCAUUAGAAAUUGAAGAGAAGUUGUUGAAAGAUGAACCGGAAUAUACAACACUAGUGAAUUAUGGAGAGAGCUCACAAAAUGCCAACUUGGAGACUGAAGUAAUUGAAACCUAUUCGGAUAGCUCUCAAAAUGUAGAAACUAUUCAUAGAGCUGAUGAACUUGGUAACAUAUACACAGACAACUCUGACACAUUUGUAAGUUCACAGCCUGAUACUCUUGCCGACCAGUAUGAACCAUACAUUAAUGAAUACUCAUUUGAUAACUCAAAUAUGGAUCAACAACAAGUAGAUCUCACAGAAGAAAAAUUUGACAAAUUGGAGGAAGAAAAUAAGAACACAACUAUUGUACCAAACAUGAGUGACUUCCAACAGAGUGAAUCGGUAGAAUAUGAAUCUCAGAUUACUGAAGAAAUGUUGAUAAAUGAGAGGGAAAGGGAAAAGAAGAGUAAAAAGGAGUUAGAAGAAGAGGAGCGGGAAAAGAUGCAGGUUCUAGUCUCAAAUUUCACUGAGGAGCAGUUGGAUAGGUACGAAAUGUACCGCAGAGCUGCGUUUCCCAAGGCAGCUAUAAAGAGGCUGAUGCAGACCAUUACUGGAUGUUCAGUUGGUCAGAAUGUUGUGAUUGCCAUGUCUGGUAUUGCUAAAGUAUUUGUUGGUGAAGUUGUAGAAGAAGCUCUAGAAGUAUUGGAUAAGUCUGGGGAAGCUGGACCUCUGCAACCGAAGCACUUGCGCGAGGCUCUGAGAAGGUUGCGAGUUAGAGGUGCUAUACCUACCCGGAAAGCACAUAAGAGUAUGUUCAGGCUUUAGCUUAGUAAGUACUUACUCAUAACUUAGUAACGGUUGUCAUUUUCUAAUUCUUAAGCAAAAUGAAUAUGAAAGUUUUAUAUUUUUUCUAUUAGACUAUGAUGUUGAUUUGUUAAUGUUGUAAAUAAAAUCAUUUAUAACAAUUAUUGGUUUAAAAGUGUCAUAACAUUUCCCAAUUACAAUAUAAUGUUUACAAUUUUCAAUGUAGCAAAUAGCAUAGUAAGGACUAGAAUGUACCCCUCACAACUGUUUAAUAAUGAGCAAUAAUAUUAAUUUUAGUAUUAUAUUGAAUGCAGUACAAUAGUUAAGUUAUUAUCUUUAGUGUUUAUCAACAGAAUUCUUUACUUCUAUUGGGUAUACAUAAAGAGAAACAACACAUUAUCAUUAUUAAAAUGUUAAUUUAUUACAUGAUAAAAUCGUUAUUUUAUUAAAAACAAUAUACAACAGUAACUAAGGAUUAAUCAAGUUCGAAAACUUUGAAAAUAAAAUCAGUCUUGUUAAAAUGGCCAACUAUGUUGUGGACAAGAGACAUUAGUGGAAAUCCUUGGAAGGGUAAUCAAUAAUAUUUAAAAAAAAAUGUAUUCGCUCACAAUAGCAAAUCAAAAACGAAUAAUGUACACAAAAUUCAAUUAAAAACCCAAAUUACAUAAAGAAAUUGGCACUUAAAAGUUAUUUUUGAAUUCAUCCAAACAUCCAUGACGAAAUUUUUGAUCUACCAAAAAUAAUUGUGUAUCACAGAUCUUACAAAUUCCAAGACUACCUUGGCCAGUUUUCUUUUGACAUAAAUUGCAACAGAAAUUAAAACUUCGCAAACAAAACAGAUACCAACAGAAUACACGACACUAUAUCUAGAUAAUUGUGAAGGCACAAAUUAGUUCAUAAAUUAUAGCAAUUUGGUAACGUUUUGUAAAUAAUAUUACGUUAUUAAUUUAUAGUUAGCUACUCAUUACUAUAAGAAGAGUUCUCACUUUACAUCUAAGUAGUGGUCCAAGAUUGUUCAUUUGUGCAAAAUACAUACCAAAAUUUUAGUAAGUAUAAAAAUACACUUCCAGUUAAAGGUAAAUCUAAGAUAGUAGUAAUCAUCAGAUUAACAAACAGUUUCAGUAUUAAACAGAGUUAUAUGUAAAUACAUGAAUGUAUUUUUUAUUUCCUCGCGAUCAUACAAAAUUUACCAUGAUGAUGCACCAUUUGGUCAUCAAGAAUAAACUCAUAUAUAAAUGUUUUAAACCACGCAAAUAAUAUAGAACACAUUGCUUGUUUGGUAUCCUACAAAAGAAUCACGCGACAACUGUACAUACAAAGAGAACAAUUCCUUUCGUGAUACGCAUCGUUUCAUGAUAUCAAUACUUUUACUGGUAUGUCGUCAACAUCACAUGCUGGCUGUGAAAUAUGUAAGCAUGCACGCACUUCCGAGUAGCUGUUGUCGCUCCGGGCGCAUCAGCUGCACUGUCAACUUCAGUGCUCAAUACCUAUCACCAGUACGCCAAAAUAAACCGGCACUACUUAUAAGACUAGAAGUCGCUCAUAGAGUUGCUCGUGCCGCUAAACGACGAGUCUCUUGACGCCACAUUCGAUGCAGAACUUGGCGGUGUCGACGGGGAACUUGUUGCCACACUCGUGACAGAAGCGCGAAGGCCGGCGACACUGUGCGGGCGCCGGGUCGCGCCUUUUCGCCAGUGAUACUUCCGAGCCGCUCGAGCUCAGCGAAGCUCGCGGCCGCCACGUUGGACUCUGCCGCGACGACGCACGAGAACUCACGCGCUUAUCUGUGGGUAUAGUAGGUAAUUAUGACACGCACUGAUCAAGGCACAUCUACCUUGCUUACUACAUAAAUGUAACAGCGAGAACAUGUAGAUAUGUUAGACGUCUGCUUACCGAUAUGAUUGUCUUGUUCCUUAUAUAAAAGGUCUGGAGGUGGAAGAGGCUCGUCUAGCUCUGCCGACCGCUCCAUCGCGAGGAACUCGUCGCUAGAAAUUGACCUCACGUCCUCCUUGUGACUGCCGCUAGAGUCCGACCCAUCCGGGAUUUGUUCUAAAGAUGUUAAUCCGUUGGGUUCCUUGGAAGUACAUAUUGAAAGUUUCGACGGGGAUAUCCUGUUCAAACUGUAAAAUAUAAAAUAUAUCAUUUUCUGAACCGACGAAAUCUUUGAAAUGUCUGCAGUUUCUUCUACUAAUAGCAAAUUCAAUAGCGUUGCUGCAUUAAAUGAAAACAAUUACCUGACUAACCUGCUAUAAGCUGAAUCAUUACUUUGCUUGCCAUUCGGCGUGUGGUUCCCAUUGGUAUUAUUUUCAAUUUUCUUGACUUUGCGUUCAGUUUUUAUGCGAGUAUCCCUUUUCGCAGUCCCAUUAUAACUCUGCACCUCUUUACUAGACUGGUUUUCGUUUUUCUCAGUUUCGUAGAAUUUGUCAAAAUCUUUAAGAGACUGCAUGAGGUCUUGUUCAAGUUGAUCGGAUUUUUGGCGGCUUCUUCCGCUGUCGAUCUUGAGCGUAUUCUUCUUGUGAAUGGAAUCGAGGAGGGAAGUGGAACGUUUCACAGAGGAGGGGAAAAGGCUCUCGCUCCCUAUAUUGUUACUGCUAAAAGUUAGAGACAUUGACUUGUUAACUGGGUUCAUACCAUUCACAACUUUAGGUGAUGAGCUAACACUAUUCAAUUCUGAUGUCCUGUUGCUAUCAGCAAGCUCGGACUGUUUAACUACCCUAGUGGUGGAGCUACAUGUGCGUUUGUUUUCUAGUUUUUGCUUAAGUAUUUCUUCAUCAAAUGAAGUCAUGAAUUCUUCGAGAUCGAAAUCCUCGCAUAGAGAGUCGUCAUCUCUAGUAGAGGUCUUAGAAGCUAUACUUUGUUCUAAUGAAUACAUAAUUUUAUCGUACUGAAUGCUAAGAUCAUCUGAAGUGGGGGCAGGGGUUUUACUAACGUUAUUAUUCGGUUCAUCUUUUACGGUUUUGUUACACAGAUUAGUAAUAUUAUUAUUCAAGUUUUUGUUGUUGUUUAUGUUAACAGUACUAAAUGAUUCGAAUCUUUUAGGCAAGUUUUCUGUAGUGAGAAGAGAUUCCAUGCUACUAAUGAUGUCAGGGUUAUUUAAUAUAGUAUUAACAUUGAUAGGCAGAUUGUCAUUUUCAUUAAUGAGCCUUGGAUCAAUGUAAUUACUGUCAGUCAUUGACGAAUUAUCGUCAGCGAGAAUGGCGUCGAGAUUGACAAAGUCUUUCUUUUCGUCAUCUCUCUUUAUUUUGUCUAAUUUUACAGGUUGUUUUAUAGUCGUGCGUUGGAAGCUAUGGUACAUGGAAGUAGCAAUUUUCGGAAUUUUAUCUUUAGGUUUAGGUGUGCUGUAACUAGAAGCGGUGUAACUGGAGAAGGACCUAUUCAAACUACUAUUUCGAUUGAAGUAAUUCUUUUCAACUGUACUAAUGUUUUCUUUACUGGAUUUAGUAAAGGUUGUGUUUAACUUUGGGCUAGGCUUUUUAUCAUUUCUAUUAAGUCUAAAGGAGCUGCAUCGACCGCCGAACGUGUUGGUACUGUUUUCGUUGUUUGUGCUACCGAAUGACUUCAUUCUCUGAAGUGUGGGAGUUUUCUGGUAUGUUUUGUUAAGUGUGUCUUUUAUCAUUUUACUGUUAUCAGAUCUUAGAUAGGAGGACGGGCCUUUGUCUUUAGCGGGUUGGAGGGCAGGAAGGGUUCUGCUGUGAUCUUUGGAAUUUUGUAUUUUUUUGGGAAUGUUUGUGUCUGAGGACAUGAGUUCUUUCAUUUGCCUAGCAGCUGACACGAAUGGAUCGUAAUUGUCGUCAAGCCUGUAAAAUGUAAUAUUUGUAAUUAUUAUUUUGAAUAUGUAGACAGUAAUUCUUGCAGUUAGGAUCCAGCUUUGCACCUGUUUUUAAACGGUUAAGCAGUGAAGAAGGAAAUAACUAAAUGUGAUGAUGACUCAGAGUAAUAAUCAAGUUUAUGAGACAAAAAUACACGAUUUUGUCAUC